AUGGAGCAGUUGGCCACAGGAGGUGCAGAGAUGGCCAAGCAGCAGCUGCACCCGCAGGUGGUGGCGUGGCUGCAGGAGAUCGAGCUCGCGCCGGGACCCGAGGUGGCGCGCGGGCUGCUGUCCGCCGGCUUCGGCCACUCGCCUGACGCGUUCGCCGAGCUCUCCCUGCCCCACUUCCACCUGGUCCUCGGCCUCGAAGAUUUCCACCAGCGACGCAGGCUCCACUCCCUCCUCCUGCGCAUCAAUCGCAAAAUCGCGGCCCCCUCCGCUACUUCUUCAUCGACUUCUUCUUCGCCCUACGUUCCACCUUCAUCAUUGGCCUCGCCAAGAAGGCCUCAUCUGCCCUCACACACCACCUCGCUGCCCUCCCCGAGAUCCUCAUCUUCUUCUUUUUCAUCUUCUUCUACGUCGCCAUCUACUACGUCGCUGCCGCCCGUGCCCAGGCACUACGCGCCCAGCAAGGUCAAGUCCUUCGACUCGGCGCUCGGCUCUCGCAGUGGCCACCAACACGACGACCUCGACUGGGGCGACGAGGCCCUGCCCAGUCCCUCUGGCGGCGAAGAUGACGUGGACGGCGCAGUGGAGGAAGAAGAGGAAGUGGUGGUGGAGGAGGAGGUGGCCCUGGACGGCGGCGAAGAGGCGGUGGUCAUCACCCUGGGCGACGAGGAAGAGGAGGACGAGGCUGCCGCCGACGGCGGCGAGGAGGCGUGCGCGCCCAAGCCGCGAAGCCGAUCGUUCGGCAGCUCCUCGUCGUCGUCGCAGACGCAGCAGUCGGGUGCGUCGCGGCCGCUGCUGGAGAAGGAGGUGCGAUCGCGAGAAAGGGACAUCGUGUUCACCGGCAAGCGGCCUUCCACUUUGGAGGUCCACGAGCCCAAGGUGAAGGUCGACAUGUCCAAGUACACGGAUGUCCACACGUUUGCCUUCGAUCACUACUUCAGCGACCUCGAUGACAACCUCAAGAUCUACGAGGAGGCGGUUCGGCCGCUCGUGUCCACCAUUUUCAAGGGCGGCGCCAGGGUCACCUGCUUCUGCUACGGCCAAACCGGAAGCGGAAAGACGCACACGAUGAUGGGCAAGCGCGGCGAGGACGGCCUGUACGCGAUGGCAGCCAAGGACAUCUUCGGCAUGCUCGACGAGGCGAGCCGCUCCCGCCCCCUCCGCGUCAGCGUCGCCCUGUUCGAGAUCUACGGCAACAAGCUGUUCGACUUGCUCAACGACAAGAAGCCGCUGGUGGCGCGCCAGAACUCGAAGCAGCAGGUGUGCGUCGUGGGCCUGAAGGAGCGGCUGGUGAGCAACGCCGACGAGCUGCUGGGCCUCAUCAGCAAGGGGAGCGCGUCGAGGAGCACGUCUGCGACUGGCGUGCACGCCGAGUCAUCUCGCUCCCACGCCAUCCUACAGAUCUCGCUCAAGAACGCGGAGGGCAAAACGCGGGGCAUGUUUUCGUUCAUCGAUUUGGCCGGUUCGGAAAAGGCCGGCGACACCAACGAGAACAGCCGACAGACCAGAAUUGAGGGCGCCGAGAUUAACAAGAGUCUGCUCGCCCUGAAGGAAUGCAUUCGUGCCUUGGAUCGUUCGCAGAAGCACGCGCCGUUCCGGCAGUCGACUCUCACGCAGGUCCUCAAGGACUCGUUCAUGGGUCCCCACUCGCGGACCAUCAUGAUCGCCAACAUCGCUCCGAACAGCGGCUACGCCGAACACACGCUCAACACACUCCGUUACGCCGAUCGGGUGCGCGAGUUGCGAGGGCACAACCCGUCGUUCUCCUCUCCGCCUCCGGCCUCCUCUCCAACGACGCCCCAAGGAGGCGGUCUCGGCCCGAGACAGCGCUCGACCGACGGCGCGCCCGCUACGACGUCGCCCAGUGGCGGCGGCGGCGGUGACGACGAGAUCCUGCGAUGGCACAGGCACCACCUGGAGGAGCUCACGCGGCUGGUCGACGAGGAGCUGCAGCUGCUCGAGAAGGUGGACCGGGGCGAGAUCACGGGUGCGCGCUACCGGGCCGCCCUCAACGACAUCCUCAUCGACGAGGCCAUGCUCUUCGCCAACAUGCCCAAGAACCUCGAAUGA